AUGACAAAGGCUGUAAUGGUGAGGUGCUACCUCUUUUGUUUACUAACUCUUGCACUCUGUAGUGCUUGUGGGUUAGUAUGGGCUGAUAGUCCUAAAGCAUCAAAUGCACUUAUUAAACCUUCCACUAUUGGUGUUCCUUCUCUUGUUCGUCAUGCUAUUCCUGCGCUUCUCGAUACUGUGUGUGAUGAAGAUGAAGAGGAUAUAUUGAAUGAAGAGGUGGCAAGUGUAAAUCGAAGUUCGGAAUCUGCAUCGCAAAAGGGUGAUGAAGAACAAUCUACAUUGGGCCAUACCGGUAAAGAAACAGUACAUAGUGAAGUGGUAAAAGAUCAAUCUGAUUUACAUCCAUCAUCACAAACUCGCACCCCAGACGCACCUGUACCUCAACCUCCUGUUUCACCUACAAAUACCACUCCUUCGCAACCCAGUGCACGAGAGGGAGAGCUUGGCGGAUCUCCUUCAAGAAAUCAUAACGAUCAAACUGAACGUGGAGGUAUGGUGGCUUCGCACGUUGAACAGAAAGAAACAGAGAGACCGGAAACAAGACAUAAUGGCGGAUCCAAAUCUGAUAAUCACCAGAACGCAGUACACUCUGGUACUUCACCAACUUCCAAUACUAAAAGUGAGACCACAAUGUCGGAAAGUACACAAACUGCUCCCAAGGAGAAUGGUACUCAGGCUGCAAGACAUGCAGAUACCAGU